GGCAAAUAAAUUAUGAGUCCAACUGAAUAUGGUAAUAACGGUUGGUGAAUAAACCAGUUUUCUGCUGCGAGUGAUGCUGAUUUCAGCAAGAUAUUAGUAAGAAAGAGAGAGAUGAAAAUUUACAAAAAUACACGAUUUCUAAAGUUCGAAAGUGUGAAAAAAAAAAAAAAGUAAAUCGCAUUGUGUUUGAUAUUUUAUCUUGACUGCUGAAUGAUUGCCAAUCAAAAAUAAAAAUUUAUUAAAAGGGAAUUAAUAAAUUGGAACCAUAUUCCCUCGCGUGGAUCAAUGGAUUUACCCAAUUCAGCAAACAAAAUAAGUAGUGAAGUUGGGAUAAUUUGUGAGCAAUAUCAAUAAAUAGCUUUCUAGUCUGCAAGACUAGUGCAACUCAAAAUAUUUGAAAAACAAGGAGAAAGAGUCAUAAUCAUCACUCAGCACCCAAAAAAUACAAAAUCGAAUUUGGCAUGGCAUCUCCAUCUCUUACUUUCUCUCUCAUUCUGGCUAUCUCUCUCUUGACUCUGUGUUGGUCAUACCCAUUCCGGCGCGGCGGCGGAACAUGGAAAGUCCUACACAGAUCGGUGGGCAUCUCGGCCAUGCACAUGCAGCUCUUCCACAACAACAAGGUGAUGAUCUUCGACCGCACCGAUUUCGGGCCCUCCCAAGUAACCCUCCCCUUCGGCAAAUGCCGCCACAACGACGAAGCCAUUUCCGAGGACUGCACGGCGCAUUCCAUCCUCUACGACGUCGCUUCCAACACCUUCCGCCCCCUCAUGGUCCAAACCAACGUCUGGUGCUCCUCCGGCGCCCUCGACUCCCACGGCGCCCUCAUUCAAACCGGCGGCUACCACGCCGGUGAUCACAAGGUACGCACCUUCACCCCAUGCGACGACGAGCUCUGCGAUUGGAUCGAGCUGCCCCAGAAUCUCACGGUUCAGAGAUGGUACGCCUCCGACCACAUUCUCCCCGACGGCCGUCUCAUCAUCGUCGGCGGGAGGAAGGCCUUCAGCUACGAGUUCUUCCCCAAGAAUCUUCAAGAAUCCGUUUUCUACUUUUCUUUCUUGAGCGAAACCACCGACCCCGGAGAAGAGAACAAUCUAUAUCCCUUCUUGCAUCUUCUCCCCGACGGAAACCUCUUCGUCUUCGCCAAUCAGCGCUCCGUUUUGUUGGAUUAUAAAAGGAAUCAGGUCUUGAGAGAAUUCCCGCCGAUUCCCGGCGAAAAGAGAAGUUAUCCGGCGACGGGGUCGUCGGUGAUGCUGCCGCUGAGGCUGAAGCCGCAGAUCUCCGCCGUCGAGGUCAUGGUGUGCGGCGGUGCGAGGGGUGGCGCUUACACCAUGGCGGCCCAGGGAAUCUACGUGGCCGCUUCGAGCUCGUGUGGGCGCUUACGCGUAACGGAUCCGGAUCCGGAAUGGAGAAUGGAGUUCAUGCCCAUGGAUCGGGUUAUGCCCGAUAUGCUGCUUUUACCAACCGCUGACGUCAUCAUUCUCAACGGAGCCGGAAAGGGUACCGCCGGAUGGGACUCGGCGGUUGACCCGGUUCUCAACCCGCUCCUCUACACCCCGGCCCAGCCCGACUGGAGGAAAAGAUUUAUUGUGCUCAAUCCCACCGCAAUACCCAGACUCUACCACUCAACAGCGACGUUGUUGCCAGAUGGCAGGAUACUAGUGGGCGGAAGCAAUCCGCACGUGCGGUACAACUUCACAGGCGUCAGGUACCCCACAGAGCUCAGCCUAGAAGCCUUUUCACCACCCUACUUGGGAUCGGAGCACAUACACCUUCGCCCUUCGAUACUGUCGGUGGAGGGCCCCACAGAUAGUUUGACCGUAUCCUACGGCCAGAAUUUCUCCAUCACCUUCAGCCUCAUGCAGCUUGAGGGAGAGUGCACCGUAACAAUGGUUGCACCCUCGUUUACCACACACUCUUUCGCCAUGAACCAGAGGCUGCUGGUGUUGUACAUCGCCAGUGGACAGCAGAUAUCUUCUUUCACACACAGGGUUACUGUGCAUGCGCCUCCAACGGAAAACGUUGCACCCCCGGGGUAUUAUAUGGUGUUUGUGGUGCACCGGGGAGUCCCUAGCGAAUGUGCUUGGAUUAGAAUUCAGUGAGCUCUGUUUAAUUGGGAGCACUUACAUGCAUGAAUUCUUGAUUUUCAAAUGCUUAAUAAAUAAUUUCAUUCUACCAAAGUAUAAAAAUUAUGUAUGUUAACUUUCCGUUUCUUAUUAAUUUGGUAUGAAUAUAUUUGUGUGAUUUUU